AAUAUAAAUGUGAUUCAUUCAAUACAAAAAAAUAGCAAGUCAAGUCUUCAAUAUCAUGUGUCUGCCUAUGUAGAGUGAUUCAAAUCACUCACUAACGAGUUUGAAAUAUUUAAUCAUUCUUUCCAAUCGUUUGUAAUUAAUACUUGACUUUAUCCUUGCUUGAGACGAUCACAAAUGCUCUGUAGUUGGUAUUAUAUUUGUGAUUACUUAACACUUGCUUACAUUUACAGAUUAAUCAAUCCUUUAUCUUAUCAUUUGAAUGUGUUUUCUGUAUGUUCAUUUCCAUUAUUUUUUUUUAGCAUGUGAACAGGACUUUUAUUUUGGUGUGGGGAUAUGACGUCAUAAGUCUGCGCCAAGCUCCUGCAUCUGUUGUGAUUCUGCUGAAGAAAGAGUGUCCAAACACACAGAAAAACUGGUGAAGCGACUGAGAUCCACGUGACACACUAUUAUAAAGAUGGAGUUUAUUAAAGAGGAGAGUGAAGAUGUGAAGAUUGAAGAAACAUUCAGAGUCAAACAUGAAGAAACUGAGGAACAAAAAGACCUGAUGGCAUUGAAAGAGGAGAGUCAAGAACUGAAUGAAAUAGAAAAGAAAGACCAGUAUGAGAAUCAUGAUCUUAUUACUGGAGAAAAGUCAUUUGGUUGCUCACAGACUGAAAAGUCUUCACGAAAAAGAGCAAAUGGAAGUUAUUUCACCUGUCAACAGUGUGGAAAAAGUUUCAACAGAAAAGAACGUCUUAAAGGUCACAUGAGAACUCACACUGGAGAGAAGCCUUACACCUGCUCUCAGUGUGGAAAGAGCUUCAAUGAAAAAGGAAACCUUACAAAACACAUGAGAAUUCACACUGGAGAAAAGCCUUUUACCUGCCAACAGUGUGGAGUAAGUUUUACUCGAAAAGAAAUCCUUAACAGGCAUGUUAGAAUUCACACUAAAAAGAAGUCUUUCACCUGCAAACUGUGUGGAAAUAUUUUCGUUAAUAAAGGAAGCCUCAAAAGCCACAUGAGGAUUCACACUGAAGAAAAGCCUUACAACUGCAAACUGUGUGGAAAGACUUUUAUUCAAAAAGGAAGCCUCAAAAGCCACAUGACAAUUCAUAGUGGAGAGAAGCCAUUCACCUGCAAAAUGUGUGAAAAUAGUUUCAAUCGAAAAGCAAGCCUUAAAAGCCACAUGAGAAUUCACACUGGAGAGAAGCCUUACACCUGCCCUCAAUGUGGAAAGAGUUUCACACAUAAACCAACUUUUAAUAACCAUGUGAGAAUCCACAGCGGAGAGAAGCCAUUCGCCUGCAAACUGUGUGGAAAGAGUUUCCUUCGAGAAGCAAGCCUUAAAAACCACAUUAGGCUUCAUACUGGAGAGCAGCCUUACGUAUGCUCUCAGUGUGGGAAGAGUUUUGCAUAUAAAACAACUUUUAAUGCCCACAUGAGAAUUCAUACUGGAGAACACACUUACACAUGCUCUCAAUGUGGAAGGAGUUUUGCAAAUAAGCCCACUUAUAACGCCCACAUCAGAAUUCAUACUGGAGAGCAUCCUUACACCUGCUCCCAGUGUGGAAAGAGUUUCACUGAAAAAGUAACCCUUAACAGGCACAUGAGAAUUCACACUGGAGAAAAGCCUUUUACCUGCCAAAAGUGUGGAAAGAGUUUCACUGAAAAAGGAAACCUUACAAAACACAUGAGAAUUCACACUGGAGAGAAGCCUUUCACCUGCCCUCAGUGUGGAAAGAGCUUCACUCAUAAAGCACACCUUAAAAAACACAUGAACAUUCACACCGGAGAGAAGCCUUACACCUGCCAACAGUGUGGGAAGAGCUUCACAACAGAAAUAAACCUUAGGAAUCACAUGAUCAGUCACACUAGAGAGAAGCCGUUCACAUGUGGUCAGUGUGGAAAGAAUUUCAAACGUAAAGUAUCCCUUAAAUCCCACAUGAAGGUUCACAAUUAAUUCUGUUCAUUGUAAUAUUUUUUUUUGCCAUUAAAUGUUCAGAAAUUCCUGACAAGUCAUGCUUAUGUGAGACCCCAUUUUUGUUCUUUGUGUGCAAAGUGUCUAAAAUGGCACUAAAAAAUAUGUAUUGGUGUGAAAAUUAAGACUAUGCUCAUGCCGCAACUGAAUUUGGUUCAAAUUUUACUGCCCAUCUGCUUUGCCAUUAUUUAAAAAAUUGAGUGGUUGCAGUAAACAUGCUCUAACUGUAUGCGGGUGUCACUCCAUUUGGUAUUUUGACAAUUCAGAAUCAAAUUCUUAGUUAAACUUCUGUCUUGCAGUGAAAUGCUCAGGGCUGGCACUACCCAUAGGCAGAGCAGGCAGUUGCCUAGGGCAGGGGUGCUCUGGUUCUGGAGAGCCCCAGUCUUGCAAAGUUUAGCUCCAACCCUGAUAAAACGUCACCUGCCUAUAGCUUAAUAACAACCUUUCAAACCUUGAUUAGCUUGUUCAGGUGUUUGAUUAGGGUUGGACCUGAACUUUGCAGGACUGUAGCUCUCCAGGAACAGGGUUCGCCACCCUGGCCUAGGGCCUCCAGCUUUGAUGCAGGGCCUCCAUAACUGUAACAUCCACUUAUCAAUAGUCCACCAAUCAAGAUGGGCAGCAAAAUACUAGGCCCUUUGUUCAUUGGAUAUAGAUGAAUUAACACUCACCAGUAAUGAAGCCAAUUUUUCUGACCUUAUCAAAGUGUGUCCCACCUUCUGAAUAAAAGAAAAAUCUGGUA